ACCCCUUUCCUCUUCCCUUGAACUGCUGUGCUUUGCAGCCCCUCCCCCGCAAAACCUCUCGGUAGCUCCGGAGCGAUCUCGCCCCAUCGUGUCCACCAAUCACAUGGCGAUUUUUGUUUUUCUUAAUCUCCCUCGUGUGAUUAGCAGUGGAUGGGUGGCAGCCUUUUCCUAUCUCCAUCCCAUCGUUCUCUCUCCCACGCUCCAUCUCCUCCGAUCCUCUAUCUCUCCUAUUCACCUGCCAUCCCCACUAAAUCUCUCUCUCUCUCUCUCUCUUUCUCUCUCUCUCUCACGAGAGGAAGGUCCAGGGGCGCCACAAGCUGCAAGGCGCAAGGCUGCUACUGCCACGGGCCGUGGUCUUCGCGUCCGCGCCGCCGCGCGCGGGCCGUGGGCUCGGCCUUCGCUGCCAUUGCAGCUGGCCAUGGAUUCAACCGCUGCUGUCCUCUAGAAUUCCUUCAACCGCGUGUGGCCUCCGCUCCCAUCCUCAUUCGGAUCUGGUGUUGUUGUUUUGAUUUUGUUAUCUCAUUGAUUUGGUACCUAUUGAGAGGUAAGGUAUUGUAUUGAUUUCGUUAUCCCCAUCGCGAUGUGGACAAAGGGAAGCUGUUCUUCUUUUGAUUUUGGAUCUUGUGUUUUUUCUGUGAAUCGAAAAUACAGACUAUUUGAAAUUUUGAUGAAUAUGUACACGAGAAGGUACAGGUGAUGUACCGUCAUGAACCUUGGGUACAUGACGAGAUAGUAAUUUUGAUGAAUGUGUAUACGAGAAGGUACAGGUGAUGUAUCAUGGGUACAUGACGAGGUACUAUUUUUUUAUAAAUUUUUGUGCAGUCAUUUUGUCAAGACAUGACGAGGUACCUAAAAAUUAUUAAGGUACAUGUGAUGCACCAUCACGUACCAUGGGUACAUGGCGAUGUAAUAAUUUUGAUGAAUGGUUACACGAGAAGGAAUUAAGUUUUGACGAAUGUUUCUAAUUUUUUUUUCCUGGUACUUGGUGUAUCUGUGAUGUACCAUGGGUACAUGACGGUGUAAUAAUUUUCAUGAAUGUUUGCUUUUUUUCUUGAUACAUGACGUACAAUUAUGAGUUGAUGUAUGUACUGUUAUUUGAGUACCAUCACGCACAACUAAGUAUUGAAGAGGUACUCGUUUUUGUUUUGGGUAGAUGUUCAUUUGUGAUUUGAAUACCAUCAUGUAUUCUUGUUAGUACCGAUAGGUACAUACAUAAGCAAGCACUUUCGAAAUUUCAGCAAGGAAACAAGAGAGAAGAGAGAAGCAAAUAAAAAUUCAAAAAGUUGCCUUCCUAUGGUAGAUCGUGUGGCUCGGACGGUGGGUCGAGAUCGCUCCCGAGCUACCGCCUCCGCGUUACCCUCCCCCUCUUCUUAACAAACAGAUCUUCAUCGAGCACAGUUCGGUUCAGAUGAUGCCUUCGUUGACCUUCGGCAGACAGGCCCGGAGCCUCUUCCAUGAAAGCUGCUGCCGCCGCCCCGACCACCUCCCCCGUCUCGUCUUGGUUGCUCGCUCCGUCAGAUCUUCCAUCAACCGACCUUCCCGGCCGGCCUGUACUCUUCCUUCUCCAGAAAAUAUAACCACGUGGCCGGCGAAUUCAAGCGUAUUGUCGUACCAAUAGAGUCAAGUUUCACGAUGGAAAACAGAGUUUGGUCAACAGUCAAACGUAUGUAGACAGUUGACACGCUUAGAAAUGGAUGACAUAGAGAAAGAACUUGAAAUCCUGGAGCGCAUAUUGAUUGAUGAACAUGCGGAGCCAACAAUGCUAUCAUAUGCACUUCUAAAAAAAAUUACAAAUGAUUUCUCUCAAGAGAUUGGUAGUGGUGGGUUUGGAGUGGUUUAUAUGGGAGUUGUUCAAAAGGGAAGGUAGCUGUGAAGAAGCUCUACAAAAAUGAUGACUUUACUGAGAAGCAGUUUAACGAUGAGCUUACAUGCCUUAUAAACGUGAAGGACAAAAACAUCGUAAGAUUUCUAGGGUAUUGCUCAGAUACACAAGGGCAGGUCUUACCGUUCAAUGGACAAUAUGUUGUUGCAGAGCUGCGAAAAAGGCUGCUCUGCUUUGAAUAUGUACCUAAUAAAAGCCUUCAAGAUUAUCUUAAUGAUGAAUCCCGUGACGUGAAUGGGAAACACGCUAUCAAUUGAUUGAGGGUAUUUGCAAUGGUUUGCGUUAUCUUCACAAAGAACGGAUUAAUCAUUUGGAUCUCAAACCAGAAAAUAUUUUGCUUGAUGCUGACAUGGUACCAAAAAUAACUGACUUCGGCUUGUCAAGACUCUUUGGAAGAGAACAAUCCAGACUGAUUACUAAAAAUAUUUUUGGGUCAAUGGGAUACAUGGCACCAGAGUACCAAGAGAAAGGAGAAAUAUCGUUCAAGUCAGACAUAUACAGUUUGGGCAUUAUAAUCAUGAAAUUAUUAAGAGGGAGUAAAGAUUUGCCCGACAUAAAAAAUUGGCAUAAGUCAAUAAGCAUAGACUGCUCAAAAGUACAGAGGUGCAUUGAAGUAGCGCAACUCUGUGUGGAUGAUGAUCAAAAUAAUAGACCUUCUAUAGAUUGCAUCAUUGAUAUGCUGAACGAGAAGGAAACUAUGUUUCAAACGGUCUUUCCAGUAAACAAGUCGAUGGAGUUGAUCCAGAUGGACACCCGAGAGCUGCAAUUUGCUUUUGAGGUAAAUAAGCAGGUCUCAUCCUCCCUGCAGCUAACUAACAAGACAGAUGGAUAUGUUGCUUUUAACUUGAAAACAGCACAUUCAGAGAAAUACCGUACAGAUCCAAACAGAGGCAUUCUGCCUCCACAGUCUACAUGCAAGGUUGUCAUGACAAUGCAACCACAGGAGAAGGCACCACUGCAUAUGCAGUGCAGUGACAAAUUCCUCGUGCAGAGCACUAGAGUGAGCGAGGCUUGUACAACCGAGGAUAUCACCAGUGAAACAUUCAACAAAGAGAUGGGGAAAAUUGUGGAUGAGGUGAAGGUGUCUGUUGCUUAUGUUGCCCCAUCCCAACAGCUGUCCACAGUAUGGGAGGGUGAUAGCGACACAAAAGACGCCACAUUAUGCAAUCGUAACGAAGAUGAAGACAAAGAGGACUCCACAUUAUGUGAGCAUGACGAUGACAAAGAAGAGUCAGAAAUCGUACAGACCCUUGACGCGACCAACUUUGAUGCACUCAUCGCCACUCAUCCCUUCAUCGUCAUUGAGUUCUGUGUUCCAUGGUUCAAAGACUUCGAGAUAUCUGCCAGGGAGCACACAUUUCCCCUGUGUAAUCUAUCUCAGUAUGAGAAGGCAGCCCAAGUGCUGAGCAAGAACAAUCCGCCGAUUGUUCUUGCUAAGCUUGAUGCAAGUGAUAAGAACAACAGGUCAAUACUUACUAAACUUGGGGUCAAAGUCAUCCCGACCGUUAAGAUAGUGACAAAUGAGGGGAUGAAUAUGCAAACGUACGACGGCCCUAGAGAUGCUGAUGGCAUUGUUGAAUACUCGAAAAGGCAGAUUCGUCCUGCUUCCAUGGAGAUAAAGUCGGCAAAAGAUGUUGCAGAACUUUUCAAUGACGAUAAACUCCAUAUCGUUGGCAUCUUCUUGGAGUUUACCGGCUCUGAGUUUGCGAACUUCAUGGAGGUAGCUGAGAAGCUGCGUUGUGAUUAUGAGUUCCACCACACUUUGAAUACCACCCACCUCCCAGGCGGUGGUACAGUAGCGAGUAGCCCGUUGGUUAGGAUAUUCAAGCCAUUUGAUGAGCUGGUUUCUGACAAGUUUUUGUUUUCGCCAACUGACAAUAAGGUUGUGUACAGACCAUCAAGAGGCACUACGGUUCCCCACCCCCCCAGCCUGCCUACUACACCGAAAGUGGUGGCUGACGAAAACCCUGAUAACCUUCUUCCUACGCUGGAAGUCCUGCAGGGCUCAUCAACUUCCAGUGCCUGGUUUGAUGAUCUCGACGCUAACUACUCAGGCAGCAGCUCGCCGCUCCAGGCUUGGUAUGAAAAUCAGGUUCACUGCCUCGACCCCGAGAUGGACCCACCGCCACAAAUGAUCACCCCGGACCAGGUGAAGCGCUGCAAGAAGGCGCUCAAGGUGCUUGACAAAAAGCUCAGGCAGCGGGCCACAAUCCUGCAGGAGUUUAGAAGUCUCCCGGCCAUAAGAACGGCUCUGUUGACUCAGAAGUUUUCUGUUGCCCGAAGUCCUGCUAAUAGGGAAAAGAACUGCUAUACUGAUGUCUUGCCAUUUGAUGAAACCAGGAUAAGGUUACAGUCCUCAACAGGCAAUCAUACUGCAAAGAACGAUUACAUAAAUGCAAGUCCUACAAAGCAGCUUGAUAACAGAAAUCAAACAAAGUUCAUUUCCACUCAAGGUCCGCUAGUCAAUACAUUCGAAGACUUCUGGCAGAUGGUCUUUGAGAACUGCUGUCCGGUAAUUGUUAUGAUCACCAAAUUUGACAAUGUUAAGUGUGAUGAAUAUCUUCCAUUGAGCGAGGGGGAAGGAGAUUAUGGAAGAUUUUGCAUCAAGAUCAUGAAGAUCAGAAUGGAUGGUCAGUUAGUGUUGCGAAGUCUGAAGGUGCAAUGUAACGAGUCGGAUAGAUUCACUACUGUUCUUCACAUACAGUAUUCUGAAUGGCCUGACCAUGGGGUGCCAAAUGACAGUAGUGUUGUACGAAAAAUUAUGAAAAGAUUGCAUCACAUCAAAUCUCGAAGGGGAUUUCCAAUAGUUGUACAUGGCAGUGCAGGCCUCGGGAGAACUGGUGCUUAUAUAACCAUCCAUAAUACAAUAGAGAGGAUUUUACUUGGUGAACAGGAUGCUCUGGAUGUUGUUGAAACUGUCAGAAAGUUUAGGUCACAGCGAGCUGGUGUCGUCCAAACAGAGGAACAACUCAUGUUCUGUUAUAAGGCUAUUGUGGAUGAGCUGAAAGAACUUGUACAAAAUUCUCCGGUACCAAGUUCGUCGUUCAGCUGGAAGCUUUUCUAACUUUCCAUGACCAGAAGGUAGUUAUUUCAGAUGUUUAACCAUUCCCCGAUCUUUCCUUGCCAUGUAUUCAUCUGUACUAUUCUUCAUCCUGAACUGUACUACAGAGUUGGAAUAUCUAGCAGUAAGGCACUACGUGCCUUGUUUAUUUAUUUUGACUAGAUGAAUGAAGUGAACUCAAAUGUGCUGAGAAUUAAAUUUUUGAUAUUGCUGGUGAA